CGCGAUGCCUCGGCUAGUCGCGACUUCGAGGUCCGAGGAUACGGACAUAUCGCCACGGAGAGUCGGAGGUCCGAGACAAACUACACGCGCUCCGAGCGAAGGAAAAACACCGGCCGUCCGUCUCGUUUUUAUUGGUCGAUUAACUACAUCUCUGCGCCAAUGAUAGACGCGUGGGUGGAGCUUACGGUUAAAAAAUAAUAAACAAACCGCUUAAUGAAUCUCUCGCAGUUACGUUUUCGGCCCGUUCAUAUUUUUUGUUAUUAAAACUUUCGGAAUGAGUACCCCCACUACCAAGCGAGCGAUGCGCCAACUUUCUGUGCGGGAAAAAAUAUCAGCCGUACAGCGAGUCCACGACGGCGAGUCCAAAGCGUCGGUGGCGCGUAUGAUCGGUGUACCGGAGUCCACCCUGAGAGGCUGGUGCAAGAACGAGAUGAAGCUGAGGACCAUGAGUGACAAGGGGUCCAGCGAGUCACCGUCGCCGUCGCCGCCGCUACCGGACGCCAAGAGACCACGGCUGGACGACAUGAACGACGCCCUCUGGUUCUGGCUGAGGUCCCAGCAGUCACAAGAGACUCCGGUGCCGCCGGCCGCGGCGCCGCUCAACAACAACCACAGCUCCUGGUUCUGGAAGUGGUACAAGGAGUUCGGAGUGCCGGAGGUGCCGAUGUCCGAGCCGUCCCCGCCAGCUCCUCGCUCUCCCUCGCCUAGUCCCAGCCCUGAGGAGCCUCUGCCACUGGUCGUCCGACGAAACAAGGAUAUCAAGGAGCAGUGCACAGUUAUCACUUCAGUUCCCGUGUCAGUGCCACUGACAACACCAGUACUGGUGGACAGUAACAAGGAGGCAGAGUCUGAAGCCAAAGAGAACACAACAAUAUCAGAGGACGAGGAUGAGCCGCCAGCCUCAGCUGCUGAUGCCCUCAAACAUGGAGAAAAGUUCCUAAGAUGGCUAGAAUGCUGCUCAGACCCAAGUGUCACUGCAGUCCAGCUGCUACAGUUUAGGUAUCUUCUGAACAAUGUCAAGAGCUGUGCUGAGCGGCGAGCCGCAAACAAGACAAGAACAACUCGGUCCAGACGGAAAUAGUGCACCAGUACCAUUGUAAAUAAGAGAAUUGCUCACAAUCGUCAAGACCAGUAACGAGCAACGAUCCAGAAUUAUAGUUGAGUUUUUUAUUCAUUCUAAGACUGUUAAUUUGUUGUUCCUUUAAGUGUUAUAAAAUGUAUUCAUUUUUAUUACGUUUCUUGUUUGAAAAGUUGCAAGUAUGGUUUGCUUGUUCAGUUUUGAAACGAUAUGUGAUAAAUCAUUUUAGUAGUUAAAUAAUACUGAAGAUUAUAAAGUAAGCGCAGGUUGAUUUAUAGUUUAUAAGUCAAGUAAGUGAUUAUUUCACAUUAUAAUUGAUAACAUUACCUAUAUUUAGUCACAUGAAGUAUAAAAACAAUUGAAGGGUAGUUAAGUAUAAAUUAAAAAUUGAUAAUACAAAACCAAGGUAUAUACAACACCAUUUUAUACGUACAGGAGAGGUUAGAAAUUAAGAACUUACCAUAAGAUGUGGACAUUGGAGAGGUUCGUAAACUAUAUGAUCAGAAACAAAACUCGCACACCCUUGCCAAGUGUGCAUCUCGGGGUAACAGAGCUUUGUAGGACGGAUGGUAGUUGAAACCAUUUUCUGAAAAUAUACGAAUUAAUUACUUUUAUCACUAGUGGGUUAAAAUUGUGAUGUUGCCAAUAUUGAUUCUAUAUUUUUAUAAGAUGACUUGUGUGUAAAUAACAAUAUUGGUUAAUUUUUCCACAAUAUUAUAAGGUUGUUUGAUAAAUAGAUAAAAUCAAAAUAGAUACGUUAUGGUGUUGUAUAGUGAAAUUUAUAUAAUAUUUUGUUAGAGGGUCGCAUUUUAUUAUUUUACAAUUUUAGAGUUGGAGACCCUGGCUUGUUCAGACCCCUCGCUUCAUAGGUGAAUAUUCCUUGCAGUACAUUACCAAAGUGUUACAGUUAGAUCUCAAUGUAAUGUUCAUUUCAGUUGUGUACAUAAUAUAUAAAUGAUUGUUUGUUAGUAUCGUACAUGUAAUUGGAUCAUUCCACUGUUUACAAGUUAGCACUACAAGCAGUGCUGCCACAAGAGGAGUUCCUGAGAUCCAAGACUAACAGAGCCAAAAUAUCUACAGAACAAACCAUAAGUUUGUAGACACUACUCAUUUCAUAUUUGAUUUCCAUCAUGGUUCUUAUAGCUUCUGUCAUGGUCAUCUCACAUGAGAACUCUAUGGACAUGCAAGAAGCAACAUAUCCUUGUGGCAGCCCUGAAUAUUUAUGUUAUGAUGUUUAAUCUUUAAUUAUUUUGAGGGUUUCAUACCAAAGAAAAAGAUGAAAACACAAGGCUCCAAUGUAUGUUCUAAAAUUAAGAUAAGACAUUUUCAACACUUUUUGCUUGUUAGUUGUUGUUAUGAAUGUGUAAAAGAUUACAUUUAAUUAUGUUUGUAUCUCAUGCCAUUGCCUGGCUACGAAUCUAUUCAUUAAUUCAACAGUACAUUUAAUACAUACGUGUAUCAGAUUUCAUCACCAAAGCCAACAAAAUUUUAAACAAGGUUCACAACCAAAUAAAAACGUGUAAAGUUACCAGGAGUUUGUAUUGUUCAUUGUGCCAAAUAUUUGUUUCUUCCCAAGUUCCCCUCUUGAUAAAGCAAGAAUUGUAUACUGAAGAUUAUCUAUUUGUACUUUUAAUCUACCAUUCCGCAACUGGAAAAACUACAUGUUUUUACAGAGCAUUAGAUAAUUUCAACGAAUACUUGUUAUAGUCUUUGAUUGUGAAUAUUUGUGUAGAGGAAAGCCACAAACUGUUCCGGAUAUGUAGUUAAUAAAUUGUGUGGGCUUAGUUAUAUUUGUAUCCAAUAAACAUAUUUGUCUUUUGUAAAUAAAUAGUUAUGUUAAAA